AAGACGUUGCUUCCUCGGUGUUGGUUAGUUAUCAGUGAACUGUGGAAGGAAACAUGGAUGUGAACCAAACGUCAUACUGCACUGUGCUGGAUAAGAAGAGCCAGGCGAAAUUUAUUUGCUAUACACGAAGAAAAAACGGAACAUUUAUUGUUUGUUUGACAGAUGCCGCUGCUGUUUGGAGCACAGAGUACACAGAGGACGCGCUGAACCAGUUUAGACAGAUGUUUGCCUUGAAAUCUACAGAGGAUUAUAUCCUAAAACUCAGGUCAGCCUGUGGUAGUGGGGACGUGUCUGUUGUGGUGCAUGACACCAGUGCAGAGCUCCAUGUGGGCUCCGGUCCAGGUGACCUGAGUGUGAGCCUAUCCAGGCUGGAGGGCCUGCGGGCCACAGCGGAGCUGAAGGAGCUGCUAUUCAGGAUGGCUGACAGCCUCGCUCAGCCUGACAGUAAAUGUGGAUCCCCCUCUGUCAGUCCAGUGAAAAAUCACCAAAGGCGGCCCUCAGAGUUUGAGCCCCGACAGCAGCAAAAUUGUGCUCCAUCAUUGAUGGCGAAGAAACGACUUGCAGGGACUUCACUCAUCAACCCAGGAUCUAAGAAGAAGCUGCGGGCGACCGGCGUGGCCUUUGAUGACGCAGACGAAGACUGAUCCUUCAGACGACAAAAACAUUUCUCCUCCAAGUGCUCACACUGCUCCUGCAACAAUGAAUGUUCUAGGAAUCCACUAACGCAACAUUAUGAAAUGUAUGCAUAUUAUUUAAAUCACAGCUCGUGUGGUACAGUAACACAUUGUUUUAACCACAAUGAAAACUUUAACAAUGAUUUUUAAUACUGUUUUAAUAUCUGUCACUGUGAUGAAUGUCCUAUUCUCAGGCCUCCCUCGUAAAUGAUGUAACUUUUAUGAUAUUGGGUUUAUCCGGAAAUUAAAUAAAGAAUAAGUUGCAACAAAUUA